AUGAAUCACCUCUUCAGCCAUGAAUCACCUCUUCUGCGAAGGGAAUAUCACUUACAACUUUCUGAGGUGACGACAUGUCUGACCAUCCUAGCUCCCCUGUUGCCCAUGUUCCGUUACUAUAAACAUCCGCAGGACAGCACAGGAGCUGGCCAAAGGGUGGGCAUAAUGUACACAGAAAGUAAAGCGGAGGAGAACAAAAAUACAUUGAAAGGUCUUGAGGAAGAGGACUCCGAGGAAGAGGACUUUGAGGAAGAGGACUCCGAGGAAGAGGACUCCGAGGAAGAGGACUUUGAGGAAGAGGACUCCGAGGAAGAGGACUUUGAGGAAGAGGACUUUGAGGAAGAGGACUCCGAGGAAGAGGACUUUGAGGAAGAGGACUUUGAGGAAGAGGACUUUGAGGAAGAGGACUUUGAAGCCUUAUAUCCCGUUGAAAGGGACAAUAAGUUCAAAUGUCCUCAUUAA